AAUACACCCCUAUGAUAAAUUUUCAAACGAAUUGCCUUUCUCCGGUCUGGUCCAUUUCGAUCUGCGACUGUUCUUUCUUUUGUAAAUUUCUUUCCGAAAAUCGCAGUUAACAGGUUAUUCAUUUUCUCAAAUACCCAGAAGAGAAAAAGGGAAAUUCAAGAAAAAGUUAGGGUUAGAUAAAUGUAAUGUCGAGACCUUGGCUACUGGUUUUUCUAGUAUUUCUAGUAGUCUUCACUUCUCAGUUUGAAUGGAAGCAGCAAUUUGGUGAAGAAAUUGAGCCAACUCCCACUGCUUCUCUUAAAGACCAAUACGUUUCGAAACGCCAAGAAUCUGUCAAAGAAAAGAUCAUACUUUCUCAAGAAAGGAAUAUUCAGAAACUGAAUGAGCUAGUAAGGAGUCUACGUGAACAGUUGCUACAGUGUAAGGCUGAAAAUGAGAUUAUCAAUAGUUCUGCAUUUGCUUUGACUGAACAUUCAAGUGAGCUUGAGCAGCAACCAAUGUUGGAUGACUAGUAUUGUUGGGUCAUGUGCCUAUAAAAUCAAUACUGUUUGCUGUACAAUGAAAGGAUCCCCAUCUUCUCACAAGUUGGUACUAGGAAAGUCUGUUAUUGGGCAUUUAAACGUUUUUGUGGUCAAAUUAAAUUAUGGUUACAGAUUGCCUCCCAAACUUUUUCCUUGUGUUAGAACAGCUCGGCAAUUGGAAUAUAUAACCAGGUCUCUGACUUAACAAUCUAGUCCCUGCAUUUAAAAGUCAUUUUGCUCCCUUUUCAGCCAAGGUCCCAACUCCCAAGUUCCAUGACUAGUUUAUUCUUCAUAUCCUGAAAUGCUAAAGCCAGAGUUAAUUUAAAAUUUCAGCAUCUAUAUAAAUAUGUACUUGUGCAAUUUCGAGCCCAUCCCUGCAACUAACCUUUCUGGAUUGUACGGUGAAGUAGAUUCCUCUUUUUUCCCUAUUCUUCCCUCUUAUCUAUAAAUUAAUGAUACUAUGGUGCAGUCAUUCAUGAUCACUUGUUCACUUUCUUUAGUUGAAGUUCGAUUGAGCAUAUGUUAAGGAAUUGGCUGAACUAGGGCCGAUUCAUGGAUCAAUUACAACCUGAAUUGCUUGAUCAGCUGCUCUUUUCUUACUUUCUUUUUGUGCA